AUGUCAGAUGAAGCUACCAUAUCACAGGAAGCCAGGAGUGCUUCUCGAGUCAAGAAGAAACGACUACGUGGAGCAUGCGACGCCUGCCGUAUCAGGAAGAGCGAUAGUGCUGAGAGUCCCUUGAACAUUUGCUCCAGCUGUAUAGCAAACAACGUUCGAUGUCGACAUGAAAUGCCUCGAUAUCAGAAGCUGAUUGACCGACAUGAAGAAGCUAUUGAUUAUAUCAACAAUUUGCAAGACAGGAUACAGAAACUAGAGAAUUACAUCCAGAAGAUUCAUCCAGGUCAAGAUAUUGAUCGUAUAAUAAACGAACCUGACGGUCUUCUUCCUGCCAACGCGUCAUACGCCAGCACAAGUAGUGGGACGUAUGGUUCAAUAUCACUGAAGUAUCCGAGUAAUGUCGACCCACAUACCAACACGGUUACUUAUUCGACACCAGAAAAUAAUGAUGAUCAGUUGGGACAAGACGAACUCGACGAGAUCUCUCUGAGCAAAGAUUUGAAGAAUCUGUCUACUAGUGAUCCUGCAGACGUACGAUUCUUCGGGCAAGCCAGUUCCGUUAUGCUGGCUAAACAUGUCACCGAUGUCAAGAAAGAGAUUACAGGGGACUCCGAAAUUGUGUUGAGUUCCAAAUACAGACGGCCAAUAUAUUGGAAUCUGUGCUCAUGGGAGCUUCCUUAUAUUAAUGAUCUAGAAACCGUUUACAUAUAUCCUGAAUAUGACUUACUCAUGGAACUUAUCACCAUAUACUUCGAAAAAGUGAACAAUCUAAUCCCACUUUUGCACCAACCGACAUUCAUGGAAUCGGUUAAAUCGGGACAACACCAUUGGGAUUCGUCCUUCGGCAUGGUUGUUCUACUGGUUUGCGCUCAUGGCGCUAAGUACUCAAAAGAUCCCCGUGUAUUUAUGCCCGAUGACUCUAUCGGAUUGUCUUCUGGGUGGAAAUACUUCAUUCAGGUUCCGUUGCAUCGGAAGCAGCUGCUUUACAAGUCAACGGUGUACGAUUUACAAUACUAUGCUGCAAGGCCCUACCAGCUUGCUUCAAUGUUUCUUGUGGGAACAUCGAUGCCGUACGCCUGCUGGAACUUUGCGGUAAUUGGUCUCCGAUAUGCAUAUGAGAAGGGCAUCCAUCGCCGCCAAGGCCAAGGAAAUGCGCCUACUGUAGAGAGUGAGCUUCUAAAACGCGCGUUUUGGGUUCUUGUUUGCAUAGACUGUUGUUCUAGCUCAUUUGUGGGUAGACCUUGUACUAUGCACGAGGCGCAUGACGUUGAAUAUCCAAUUGAAUGUGACGACGAGUAUUGGGAAACAGGUGACCCAAAAACAGCGUUUAAACAACCUCAAGGAAAGCCGUGCUCAAUCACCGCUUUCAAUUGUUUCAUUAAGCUUUGCGAAAUUCUUGGCUUUGCGCUGAGGACCUUGUAUGCAAACAAAAAGUCGAAGGCGCUCCUGGGGUUCAUAGGACCUGAUUGGGAGGGGAAAAUGGUCGCGGAGCUAGAUUCCUCCAUAAAUAAGUGGAGCGAGGAUCUCCCCGAGCACCUUCAAUGGGACCCUCACAGAAAAGACACUGUCGUGUUUAAUCAAACCUCGAUUGCGUACACGGCAGGAAUGGUCAUCACAUUCAGCCUACUGGCGGCCAGUCGCUCCACUGGGCAAACAGGUGGCUCGAAAGAGGACAUCGAAAAUCUUCAGAAGUGCAUGAACUAUCUACAGCAAAUCGAAAACCGGGAUAGCUUGAGGGAAGCAGGCGACAUUCCCGAACAUGGGUCUCAGCACAUUAACAAUGCAUCAUCAUCUAACGACCCCUCAACUGUCCAAUCAGAUCCAACCCAUAUAAGCCAAGAUAUGACUGAGAUGUCAACCGCCAUGUUUAAUGAAUUGUUAGGAUCGACUAACAUAUCAGGAUCAAAUCAUGCACUGAAUAGUUGGGACCUGCAACGAAUACUGCUGGUAGAGAUGGGCUAUUUACCAAACGAGUCUGCACCCAUUACAACUAGCAUUACCUCUUCCCUUGGUCCAGAAAAUCCACAAUUGCAGAACUCUGCAGGAAUAUUUCAGUCUAAUGACGGGUUCAACGCCUUCACCCAAACAGUUAACGGUGCGUUAUCACCGCUAUCUGACGCAACAAACCUCAUCAAGUAA